GAUGAGCAUUGACAGAAGCGCUGUGUGAAGACGAGCUGGCAGGGGGCUGUCAGGGGCUCCGGGGGGGAUUUUUGGGACAGCUGCAGCUCCCAGCCAGCAUAUCAGGCUUUGCUGAAGACUCCCCCCGCUUACCAUAGCAGCCCCCCCCCCUCCCUCAGGAUAAUACUCCGCACAGAGAAGACCAGGACUGGUGAUGCCAGCUGAGAGGAUCGCACAGUGUGUGGCAUGGAGGUGACAUCUGAUUGGCAUUGUCAUGAACACAGACUUUUUGCAUCAUGCCAUCUCUAAUGAAUUAGUGCAUUUUUCUUUCUGCUGACCCCAAGAGCUUGCAGUCUUUAUGCCACAGCAUGUGAUAGGAGGAUGCUGGAAGGGGGCACAGUGGGUGUAGUAGGUCCCAUAGGCCCCUGUUGAUUCCCAGCUGUGAUGCCAUGGCACCCUGGUCCAGGAUCACCUGACAUGGCGACCUCAGCCCCCUGUUGGCGACCAUGACCUUCCCAUCAGUCCUGCCCGAGCCCCUGUCCAGGAGUAUCUUCAGGAAGUUUGUGUUGAUGCUUUGCUCCCUCAUCAUGUCCCUCUAUGUCUUCUAUUGUCUGUCUGAUCGCUGCCAGAGCCUGCCAGGGCCCAUCAUAGGGGCCCCAGAGGAGGAGGGGGUCUAUGAGGACUCACCGCUGGCACUCUGGCAAUCAGUGAAGAGGAAAAGGCUGCUGCAGAAGAUGAGGGACCACCAGGGGGCGCAGUGGAGCCGCCUAUUCCCUAGUAUUGGGGUGCCAUACCCUGCCCAGGAGGGGGGCAGUACCCUCACCCCAUUGGGGGAAGGGAGCAAGAAGCUACCCCAGGCCAUCAUCAUUGGGGUGAAGAAAGGGGGGACCCGGGCUUUGCUGGAGUUCCUCAGGGUGCAUCCCGACAUCAGGGCUGUGGGAGCCGAACCCCACUUCUUCGAUCGCAACUACGACAUGGGGCUGGACUGGUACAGGGACUUGAUGCCGCGGACUCUCGAUGGCCAGAUUACCAUGGAAAAAACUCCCAGUUAUUUUGUGACCAAGGAGGCCCCAGCCCGUAUUUCGGCCAUGUCGAAGGACGCCAAGCUUAUCGUGGUGGUGAGGGACCCCGUGACUCGCGUCAUAUCGGAUUAUACCCAGACGUUAUCCAAGAGGCCCGACAUCCCUACUUUCGAGAGCCUGACGUUUAAAAACAGGACUAGGGGCCUUAUCGAUAUCUCAUGGAGUGCCAUCCAGAUUGGCAUCUAUGCCAAGCACUUGGAGAACUGGCUCCAGUAUUUCCCUAUGAGGCAGAUCCUGUUUGUGAGCGGGGAGAGACUGAUCACCGAUCCCGCUGGAGAACUGGGGCGGGUUCAGGAUUUUCUGGUGCUUAAAAGGAUCAUAACGGACAAACAUUUUUAUUUCAAUAAGACUAAAGGUUUUCCUUGCUUGAAGAAGGCAGAAGGGAGCAGCAAACCCCACUGUUUGGGAAAAACCAAGGGCAGGACUCACCCCAACAUUGACCCCGAAGUGGUGCAGAGACUACGGGAAUUCUACAGGCCAUUUAAUAUGAAGUUCUACCAAAUGACUGGGCAUGACUUUGGCUGGGAUUCAUAAAUAAAACAGAUAUAAUAUAUUAAA